UACUCGGCUUCGAACAGCAGCUCGGUCCGAAAUUUACAUCCUGAUUCAUAUCUUUGAAGUUAGUAUUUCUCGAUAUAAAAAUGUUUACCUUUAUCUGCCAGGCUAAACUCGGGUUCACUCAGGAGGAAAAGAAAAAACAAAGUUCGACAGAAGAAGGCCUAGAAUUCCCAAGCUUUGACGGCAAGGACCGAGUGCUGAACAUCAACGAGAGGAACUAUAAGAAGGCGCUGAAGAAGUAUGACAUGCUGUGCCUGCUUUACCAUGAACCGCUGCCCUCUGAUAGGGAGCUCCAGCAGCAGUUCCACAUGAGGGAGAUGGUGCUGGAGCUGGCUGCUCAAAUCUUGGAAGACCGAGACAUAGGGUUCGGAUUGGUGGAUUCUCAUAAGGAUGCCAAGGUGGCCAAGAAGCUUGGAUUGGAAGAAGAAGGCAGCAUUUAUGUCUUUAAGGAUGACCAUGUGAUUGAGUUUGAUGGAGAGCUCUCUGCCAACACACUCGUCGAGUUCCUGCUAGAUCUUCUGGAGGAUGCAGUGGAGCUCAUCAGUAACCCUAUGGAGCAGCGUGCUUUUGAGAGGAUGGACGAAGACAUCCGUCUCAUUGGCUAUUUCAAGGGCAAAGAUUCAGAACACUACAAAGCUUUUCAGGGGGCUGCAGAACGAUUUCAGCCCUACGUGAAGUUUUUCGCCACGUUCGACAAAGGGGUGGCCAAGCAGCUGACUCUGAAGAUGAACGAAGUGGAUUUCUACGAGCCGUUCAUGGACGAGCCAGUCACCAUUCCGGGCAAACCCAACACGGAGAUUGAGAUAGUGGAUUUCGUCAAUCAGCACCGGAGACCAACACUGCGGAAGCUACGUGCAGAGGACAUGUUUGAAACCUGGGAGGAUGACAUGGAUGGGAUCCACAUUGUGGCUUUUGCCGAGGAAGAGGACCCAGAUGGGUAUGAAUUCUUGGAGAUAUUGAAAGACGUGGCCAGAGACAACACCAAGAACCCAGAUCUGAGUAUCGUCUGGAUUGACCCAGAUGACUUCCCCUUGCUAACUGCCUACUGGGAAAAGACCUUUAAAGUGGACCUGUUCAGACCUCAGAUUGGUGUGGUCAACGUGACAGAUGCAGACAGUGUGUGGCUGACGAUACCUAGUGAUGAGACUCUGCCCACAGCUGAGGAGCUGGAGGACUGGAUCGAGGACGUCCUCUCAGGGAAGGUCAACACAGAAGAUGAUGACCUUGAUGAAGAUGAUUUGGAUGAUGAUGAUGAUGACGAACGCGAUGGUGAUGAUGACAGUGAUGACGAUGACCGUGAUGAUGACGACGACGACGAUGAUGAUGAUGAUGACUGAUUGGCAAAUAUGUCAGAAUGAUUAGUGUAACUUUGUACGUUUUAUACAUCUGUUGCAAUAUUUAUAAGUAGAAUAAAAUCACUUAAGGCAAUAAUAAUAAUAAUAAUAAUAAUAAUAAUAAUAAUAAUACAGUUCCACUGGUGCUGAUAGGAAAUGAUUUGUGAAGUGAAAAUCAGUCCAUGUGUAGACGGGUUUAUAAGAUUAAUAAAUACAUAAACAUGUGAUGUAAGGUAUGUAGUAUAUUUCAGUAGAACUGCACGUACCGUAUUUCUGUAUAAAACUGUUCAUUUAGACCCUGAUCUGCAAGAUGUAUCAGUGA